UUCUGAAGGUGCAGAAACCAGCUAGUCCUUGGGAAUUCUACAUAUGCCAUGAACUAAGACAGCGUCUCAAAUUGCAUGCCCAUGCAAAAAUAUUCUUGACUCUGUCAUGAGGAUCAACAGGGGAUAUUUCUUCUCUAAUGGAUCAGUUCUUGCAAAUCGGUAUCAUAAAUUCGGAACUCUACUAGAUGCUGUUAAUGGAUACAAAUCUAUAGGCAGUUCCAUGCCUGAAGAAAUGGCAAUGUACUUCAUGGUGGAAGUACUAACCAUCCUAGAAGCACUACACAGCUGUAGUAUUAUACAUGCUGAUGUGAAGCCUGAUAAUUUUCUCAUACGAAACAUUCCACGCGUCAAUAACGAGGUUGCUACACCUGCUGAGAGUUUUGCCAAUUGUCCAACCUCCCUCAAGCUUAUUGAUUUUGGACGAAGUAUUGAUAUGAAGAGAUUUCCUGAAGGAACAACUUUUACAGAAAAGGUGACAACUGAAGGAUUUACAUGCUGUGAAAUGAGGGAGGGUGCUCCUUGGACUUACCAGACAGAUUUAUAUGGUGCAGCAGCCUUAGCUCACUUGUUCCUCUUUGGAACAUACAUGGAAGUUGAGAAAAAUAGAGGCAAAUGGAAUAUCAAAGGCGUUACUUUCAGAAGGUACCAUCAGACAGACCUCUGGGAAUUGGUGUUCUCCACACUCUUGAAUGUCCCAUCUUGUUCUUCAAUUCCCAGUCUUAGCCAGCAGGAGAAAAUUAUGACCAGAUUUUUCCAGAUGGAACGCCGUAAAGAGAUGAAUUCGAUGUUCAGUCGUCUUACGUCUUUGGUUGCUCAUCGCCGAUGAGUUGGAAGUUCCCAAGCUAUUAACUUCAAUGUGAAUGUUUUUAUUAUAGAUUUUUAUUGAAGUAUUUCUCCCAAAGGGCACCUCUAUACAAGUAAAUUUAAAUUUGACUAGUAGCGAUCAUUAAAUCACAGAUUUUGCAGAAUGUAGACCAUUUAUUUUGAAGAGAAUAAUAAAUGGCAGCUUAGAAUGGCCAAAAACCAUUUUGAAAAAUUAUUGAAAGAUUUUUUUUUCUGUGUAUAGAAGUAAGUUUUUAAUCUGUAUGGAAAUUAAACUGCAGGUGAUGAAAUAAUGUAAGAAACUACUUUUAGAAAACUUCAGUUGUAGAUGAUUGACACAAAAGCCAUGUAGUAAUUAGAACCUUAAAAAAUAAUUUUGUCUGCACAGCAGGCUUCAAGUCUCUGGAUAGAAAAAAACUGUAAUGAAAUAAUCUUAUCUCGGAAAUAAAUGUACAGUCAAAUCGUACUAUUAUGAACUUGGGCCACCAUAACUGAAUUUCUGGUUUAAAUACAUAAAGCUAGGUGGCAUAACCACACGAAAAAUGUUAGUGCAGUGCCUAAAACUUGUUGGAGAAUAACAUUUUAAAUACUGUAUAGAUUGAGAUGAAGUUCAAGAUUUUUAAUCCCAAAUUUUUAGUAUUUUCAAAUGAAAUCUAUAAGCUGUAAUUCCUGCACUUAAGAAUAAAAGAGCACUGGUCCAUGCUAGGCAGGUUCAUUUCAAUCUUAUAUUUAUCUAUUCUGUUUUUAAAGCUACACACCCUGUUAAGUCUUGAUCUUGGCUUAUUCUUUCUUUUAUUUAUAACUCUUGCCAAACUGUUUCUUUCCUAUAUGUGGAAAUCUGAAUUUAGCCAACUUGAAUUGUGUAAAAGUUGUUCUUGUUUAGAUAUCCUCAGCAUCCUGUAAUAUACCUGUGACUGAUUUAGAUUUUUUUAUCUCUGCCUGCAUGCAGCUAACAAUGGAUACAAUAUUUCCUCUUCUAGCUGUUUUCAUAUAGGCCAUUCUUUUUAUUUAAGUAUGUAUAGGGGUACAAUAAUUUGUGGAAUUGGUAAUUUAUUAUAAAAUUCAACCAUGAAGCAUGUAGUAUUUGUUGUAAUGUUUGUGUUAUGAUCAGUAAGUGACAGCAUCAUCGCUCAUCAAACUUUUACAGUUUACAUUACAAUGUAAUAAUCCCUAGAUAUUUUUUUAACACGCUGGCCAUUUCCCACAGAAGUAGUGUGACCCAAAAAGAAGCGCUUUCACCAUCAUUCACACCGUCACUGUCUUACCAGACGCGUGGAGAUAUGACAGUUUAGAUGUCUCUGAACAGCAAAUAUCCCGAACCCCUCUAGAGUGCAGGCACUGUUCUUCCCACCUCCAUGUAAAAUAUUGUGCUCUGUAUUACUUUUACAGAAAAACUUAUUUUUACUCUACUUUUCUGUGGUUCAACUUAAAAAUAAGUGUGAUUUACCCAUGUUAAGACAUUUAGUUAGGGAUAGUGAAUUUGACUC